GAAUGUGACCCGCCCCAGAGCCCAUGGCUGAAAAAAACACCAACAUGGAGUGGGGCCUCUCGCGCGAAUAUCUCGCCGUUAUCUUGACGAACUUCGUUGCUCUCGGAACUUGCAGAAACCAUCACAAUUCCUCUUUCCAGUGCAUCGAAUUAACGAAAAAAUGCCUUCAUCUUGGGCCUGGAAUAAAAGCAUUUAUGUUUUCUGUGUCUCGAGCAAGGUGUCAUUCAAUACGGUUUGGUGUACCAAAAAAGGGCGCUUAUAGGGUGUGUGAUUUUCUCAUUCGCUCGUCACCGAGUGGUCGGCAGUCCAACGUAAGCCACGAUGGCGAUCGCAUAGGAAUCGCAUGAAAGAACGGGCUCAUACGCUCGAUUUUAGUUGUUCUCUGAACGAAGAAACACUCCAUUUAUCUUUAUGGAGGAAAUACAAACUAAACCUAGUGUUUUGAAGUUCGAAACGAGCAGUUUCAACGCAAAUGUUGAUGCCAAGAAAGAGCAAGCAAAGACGGCAAACGUUAUGUUCGAAGGAAAGAACAUUCAUUCUUCGCCGUUGGAUGGAAAACUUCUUUGUAGCUACAGUGAAAAGCUUUGUAAGCAAAGGAGGUUAAAUGGCUACGCGUUUUGUAUUCGUCAUGUGUUAGAGGAUAAAAAUGCCCCGUUUAAACAAUGUCAGUUUGUGGCAAAAUACAACGGACAUCAGUGUACAAAUCCUAUACCGUCUGCUGAGGAUAGAAUAUACUGCAAUAGUCAUUUGCAAGUUUUAGGAAUCGUUCCCAAGAAAAAUCGACGGAAAAAACCUGGCGAAGGAGUUGAGUGCGAGGCGAAUUCAUCUUCUUCGACAACAGAAUGUAAAGUAAGGACAGAUGUUUUGGCGACUCCAGCGACGAACAUGUCUUCGAUCCCUACUCAACUAUUUCCUUAUCGUUCGAAAAAGCCUAAAAACCAACCGCAGAAGAAAAUUUACGCAAAAAGUCCAGCGAUAGAAGAAUUGAGAGCGAGUAGGAGAAAAUGGCAGAAAGACAGAGCGGAUUUAUUUAAGAUUUAUGAUAUUGAGAGUUCUGAUGGUGAUAGUUCCAGUGAAGGUGAUGAUAUGCCCUGGCAGCAAAUGUGGCUCUCUUGUGAUAGUGAUCUUGAUUAUGAAGCUCUUAGAAAGGAAAACAACUGCCUCAGUGCUGAUAUUAGAACUGCUAAGAUUUCAAGACUGAGUAGCCAACUACGACGUCAACUUCACCAACUCAGAAGAACACUGCGAACACGGCGCCAUCAAUACAAAGAUCUAAUGGCAUCUGGUAGUGUUCUGGUGAAGGCUGUCCAGAGUAACAGCUCAGCCUGUGUGGAUUCCCUUCUUGAAAAUAGCAAAAAGAUGUGGAAAACAAGACCAAGACCUGCUAGAUGUUAUGUGAAAACAUGUGCAUUCACUCAAGAUGAUGUACAAUGUAACAAGAAAGCCUUCCCAUAUACUAAGUUUUGCAAGGAUCAUAUAAUGAAUGACUCUAUGCAAGUAUUAUAUGCCCAGUGCACUGCCAAGUGGCCUGGUGGCCUCCAGUGUUCUGUGCCAGUCUUUGAUGUUAUUCAUGAGCGCCCUCUCUGUGAUGAACAUGCUAGGAAAAAGGCCAAAUGUCAAGAGGCUCAAGCCCAGGCUCAGGCAGCUGCAGCGGCAGUCAAGUCCUCUCCAGGAGCAACAAAGCCUCCUCCAAAGAAACAGCGGCGGAAACCACAGCCAAAAGCCUCAUUACCUCAAAAGGUGCCCAAGCCAACUAAAAAACCAGCCAAUAGAAAACCAGGCAUGCCAAGAGCAAGCAAACUAAGAUCAAUUAAGACAUCAAACAAUUCAAUAAGACCUAUUGGUUUGGACAAUUCAUUUAGUCCAGACAAUUCGUCUGAUAUGUUAUCCCCAGAUAUAAGUUUAUCAUUGUCAUCAGACUACUCACAUGGAAGUGGAGCUUCUCCUAUGUCACCUGCCCUUGACGACUUUCAGCAGUAUGACUCAUCCAUGUUUGAAUCAGAACAACAGGAGGAGAUGCUCCUCAGAGGCCUUGAUAAUGAGGAAAGGGAACAUGAUAUCCUUAGUGGAAAUUUUCCAACUGUUUCUAAUGGUAAUUCUCCCAUUAAAAGUCUGUAUUCUGCGAAAGGCAAAGAAUGUGGUGUUGGGCACUCUGUUCCGGCAUCAGUGAUCACACACACCCCAGGAUUGUUAAACAGCAGUGGUUUUCUUGGCACAGGUCAAGAUGAUUCUUGUUUGUCUGAAUCUGGAACAAAGUCAUCACCGCUUAAUAGCAGAAGUAAACCAAACAAGGUCUCUAACGUGAGAGACUCGAAGAAGUUAGUUCAUGCAAGUACUGCUUCUCACCCAUGCCCAGACAUUAUAUCACCAAUCAUUCAUCAGAACAGUAUCAAAAAGGAGAAUAACAAGAUCAAAGAACUUGCUCUUAAUAAGGACCCUAUGUUUUCUCCCCCGCAUGGACUUCUAGGAAGCAAUGAUUUGAAAUCUCACAGCAAUGGAGUGAAUUCAGAUCAUCUUCAUUCUCCCCCCAUGACAAUGGAUAACAUCCUUUCUCCUACACAACGAAGCUGGUCUGCAAUAGUUAGUAACACCUCUCCAGCUUCAUCAUCGUUUACAUCACCUCUUAAUUCCACUCAAACAGGAUUGACUAGACUUGUUUCACCACCUUUCUCUCCUCCAUCAGUGUCUCCUCACAUCUCUCCUCACACAUCACUUGGAAGUGUCUUUACCUUUGACAGACCUACACAUUUUCAGCAGUCGCAUAUGACGUCACCCACCCUGAGUCCUGCGAGCCCUUCAUUCCUCCAAGGACAAUUGAAACAGACAGGAGCACGUUUUCCAAGGCACAAUGAAAUUGACCAUUCUGACGAUCCUUUUCUUUUUGAUGACAGAGACCAAACUCUAUUUGGCGGAACAUUUAAUCAGAAUCAUGACACAACCUUGGGUGAUCUGCGGUUAAGAUAAAGGGCUUGAAACUUGCUAUUUUCAUCCCUGGAGGACAAGCAGAGCUUUUUUUUUUUUAUUGCUAUACCUGCAUCAAGUGGUUUCUUAUCUCAGCCUAUAAGUAGCAGGACUGAUGAUUAUUGGGGUAUCCCAGGUAUUUAUGUUGAGCUUAUGCAGUGCCACUUCAGCCUUAUAAAUGACAUAAACAGUACUGCAAAUCAGGAAUUCAUUGGUUUCUUCAGAAAGAUUUCCAGAGUAUAAACCUUUCAGUCAACAUUACUUCAUUGAGUACCAUUAAAUAAACUAACAAUACCAGCAUGUUGACGAUGCUGUUUUAUGUAUAUAAGGAAAUUAUUGUAAAUAUUACUCCACAGCCAUGUGGUUGGUGUAUCUGAGAUACACCAUGUCAGAUGCAAAAGACAGCUCAGUUGCAUUUUCAGGCCUGUUGUUCUGUCCAAGAUGCACUAUUUUACUUUACUUGUGCAAAGAUUUGGAGGUUGGUGUAUUUGAGUUGUGGCAAACUGUGCCCUAUUUCUUUUGCCUGUUGAAAAUUGUAACCUGUUGACUCCUGAUUUUGUGUUCUCCAUGUAAUUCAUGAAUGAAUUCUUAUUUAAGUUUCACUCCCAAAUUUUCUUUAUGUCGUGUAAGGAAGAGAAGGAGCCAUGCAUUUAGAGGAACAAUAUUUCCCCCCAAAAUUGUCCUAAACGGCACUAAGUAGAACACAUAGGGAAAAACAUAUCCUAUUUACAUGACAAUUAUAAGAGAAGCAAAAGUAGGAGUUAGUGGAGUUCAUGUCAACUGAGUGUCAACGGUAAUCCAGAAUUGAUUGAUCUUCUCAAUUUGUGCUACUCUCUUAACCAACCAGAUGCAAAACUAAAACAAAGCCAAGCUGAAACAAAUCAUAAUUUUGUUGCUGGCAACUUCUCUUACUUGUUUGUUGGCAUGGUUUUACCCUGAGCUUUCAUUGACUCCUAGUCAUGGUUUCUUUGUUUAGAUGAGCUGCAGUGAUUACACUGGUCUGCUUUGAUGAUGCUCAGUUGAAAAGCUCUUUAUCGGUUGUUAUCUUGCCUGUAGUGAUGUUGGUUGUAUAAAGUGUAAUUAAAACCCUCCACCCCUACUUCAAACAAUGACAUGUGACAAGAGAAACUGCAUCAAAUGCAGUUGAAGUUAUUUUGAAGGUAAAAAAAAAUACUGUAUUUAUAUAACUUCAUCUCAAAGAUGGCUUGACAAUGAACUUACAUUCUGAAGGUCAACAAGUUGUUAAAUUUUCUUUACCAUGUUUCCUCCCAUCAAACAGGGUUGUAAUUAUCUUGACUAAGACUCGACUCUCCUUACAGUUUCCAGUUUUAUGUGGCUUGUUUUCAGUUGGUUUCUGUGCAAGACUUAACACAGAAGAGUUAUGUUUGGUUAUUGUUUGUUUGUUGGAUUGGGGUUUAAUUCAAAUGUUUUGAAUUAUUGCAGGGUAUUUCAAUCUUCCCCUUUUUCUUUUCAUUUUUGUUACGUUUGCUUCAGCAUUAUUGCUUCAGUGAAGUGAAUAUUUUGUCUCACCUAUUGGAAAAUUACACCUUUUGCCAGCUGCAAGAUGCAAAUUUUUGUUUUAAUUAGAUAAAGGGGCACUGGCUUAUUAGCAUUUUUAUGCUGUUGUAAGUUGGGAUAUUUAGAGAUGAUUUUUCGUUUAUUUACACUUGUUUGUUUCACUUUUGUUCGAGGCUAUCCACUUAGCAAUUGCUUGCAAUAUAAGGCACACUAAAAUGUUGGGGGAUAAUUGAAGGCUUGAUCACGCCUCUGACUGUGAUUAGUUUUUCUUUUUUUUCUCCUUAUGGGUUUGCUUUGUGUAUGGCCAUUUCAAACCUGGCCAAAUAUUCUGGGGAGUUAAGUCAUGGCCAGAUUAAUUCUACUUAUGCAAACAACAUGACGUCGCUAUUUGUUUGUCUGUUUGUCUACUUUUUAGUUGUAACCAGACAUAACCACUCUAUGCAAUGGAGAAAAUGUCCGCUAACAAAGAGUAUAGUGGCCUCAGAACAGAACUUAAAAUAUAUUUAAUAUGGAACAUUUGUUUAAAACAAAAAUAAAGUAUUUUCUGAGAACAUGA